AUGAGAAUAACUAUUGUCCUGGGACAAAGAACAACAGAUAGCAUUCUAUGUGAUGGAAUUAUAUUUCACAAUGUUUAUUAUGACAAAGAAUUAUUAUUUAAUAAUCUUGGUAAACCAUAUAAUUUGAUUUUACACAAAUUCUCUGGUAUAUUAUUCUUUAGUCACACGUUACAAAAUGAUACCCAUACUGACUUUGCCAUAAUGGCAUGUGAUGUCAAUAAAAAACAAUGCUCUAAUAUUCAGGGCGUGCCAGGUGGUUAUGCUAUAGCUUAUGAUCCAGGAAAUGAUGACAUAUUUUUUGGUGGACAUGAUGGUAUAUAUAAGUAUAAUUUUCUGACGGGAUCAGCUGAAUUUUUUGCGGAGGAAGGAAAAUCUAUUUGGGGAUUAUUUGUUAGAAGAAACUUUUAUUAUAUAGAAUAUCCGACACAGAAAUUAUAUGUAUACAAUGAUGAUUCAUUUGUAGAAGUUGCUGAAGCUAGGAAUAUAGAAGUGGAUCAUUUCUUUAUAUCAAGAAAUAUGGAUAUAUAUUUUUCUAAUAAAACUGCUUUAUACAAAGUUGAAAAAAAUACGAAGAGACCUAUAGUUUUGAAUGAUGAAAUAAUUAUAAGACAAAUAGUUGAAGAUGGAUAUGGAGAUACGUAUUUCUGCGGAAGUGAUGGAAUAUAUAUUGAAGAUAAACCUUAUCAUCGUAUAUCAAAACUCGCAGACAUCAAUCAGGCGUUUGGUUUGGCUUUUGAUGAACAUGACCAUAUUUUAUAUUCUGAUCAAGAUGCAAUAUAUAAAUUGUUACAUAGUAAUUAUAGUAUUAUAUGUCAUGAAUUACUUGUUUCUCCUAAAGAAAAAGAACAGUAAGAGUUUCAAAAAGAUAUUUUUUAUUAACUUGGUGCAUAUGUAGUGUAAACAAUAUCAUUGGUAGAAAUAAAAAUAUGCAUAACAUAGAUUUAUAAUACAUUAGGCAGAUAAUAUUUAAUUGAAAAUUGAUCAAUAUGUUUUUUUUGUUAUAUACUUUUAUUAUACAUUUACAGUGAUUUUCGUCAGGGUGAUGGUGUUAUCUCUUACUUUUACAGAUUUUAGGAAAUUAUAUCAUAGCGGAUGCCUACGUCAUAACAGACACAUGAAUUAAAAUUUAUAGUUUAUAACUCUAAUCUGUAAAGACUGUGAGUUAAUAGAUCUAGCU